AUGGCGCGGGCGAGCGUACUGGGCUACCUCGAGGACGCCCACCCCGUGUACAUUCCUCUGACCGCGUCGCCGGGCACUUUGACAAUUCUUCCACUGUUCUUGUGCCCCCAUGUGCGGUUUCCCGACGAGCUCUGGAUCGUCUUGCAAACAUCGACGUUGAAUGUCCUCGUGCUGCAUGUUGACGCUACCGACGACUGUGGCGUUGUGCAAGCGUCCUCGUACCUUCGCGAGGUGGGGCCGUGGUGCGAGUGCAAACUGCUACAAUACGCGCCGGACGAGGUCCAAGUGCUGCGCAUUAGGACGACACCGAAGAUGCGACUGGACGUCCAUGUGUACUGGAGAAAGCAAAUGGAUACCGACAGCGUUGUGCACGCAUCCGUGCGGAUGUACGGAAUUCAUGGGCUCGUGCAGCACCACGCAAAGGUCAUCGACAGUUUCCAUGGGUUGGCACCGACGGGAUGGCAUGUGUGCACACUGGCGUCGCCGAAUUGA